GGAUUAUUUUGACGAAGUGUAUACUUGCUACAGCUUCUCAAAAUGGACUAACUAUUGACGCUUUUUUCUUGUUUUUCAAAUGAGGGUUUUUUACAGGAGUAUGCGAGCACACUCGUUCAGUUCGGCUAGUCGAGUUCGGCUAGGCAUGUAGCCUAACUGAAGCGUGCUGAGACCUUAAGAAACACAAUUAAGGUAGUGUGGUCCAUGACGCAUGCUCUUAUCACCCCUCACAAUCUGCUGGGAUGUUUGUUGGAGAAAGAGGGGCUUGCCCAUACGCUGAUCUGGCAGUUUCACUUCAGCUUUAUGCCAGUAUAUAGAGGCUACUAAAUUCAGAGAUGGGGCCAGAGGAUUGGCGAGUGCAGAUGAAGGUGAGAAUUUUGAGCAGAGUCCACUGCGGAGAACCUUUAAAUCCAAAGUUCUAGCGCACUACCCAGAGAAUGUAGAGUGGAGUCCCUUUGACCAGGAUGCCGUUGGCAUGCUGUGUAUGCCAAAGGGUCUGGCCUUCCGCACGCAGGCGGACACACGUGAGCCACAGUUCCACUCCUUCAUCAUCACUCGGGAGGAUGGCUCGCGGACGUACGGCUUCGCCCUCACUUUCUACGAGGAGGUGACCAGCAAGCAGAUCUGCAGCGCCAUGCAGACCCUGUACCACAUGCACAAUGCCGAACAAUACGACAUCCUGCACACCCCCACCACCCUGCGGUGCCCUGAGGACCAGCGCCACCUCCAUCCCCACCCUCUCAACCCCCACCCCCACCACACGCUCCUCCCCACGCCCUCCAUCUCCCGGCUGCAGCGCUUCAACUCCUACGACAUCAGCCGCGACACGCUCUACGUGUCCAAGUGCAUCUGCCUCAUCGCGCCCAUGGCCUUCCCCCAGGCCUGCAGGAAGGUGCUCCAGCAGCUUCACCAGGCCGUCUCCUCCCCCCAGCCCCCACCCCUCCCCUUGGAGAGCUACGUCUACAACAUCCUGUACGAGGUGCCCCUGCCUCCCGCCGGGCGCUCCUUGAAGUUCUCGGGGGUGUAUGGGCCAGUGGUGUGCCAGAGGCCCAGCACGGCAGAGCUGCCUCUCUUUGACUUCCCUAUCAGCCAGGUGUUUGAGCUGCUGGGGGUGGAGAACAUCCUCCAGCUGUUUACCUGUGCCCUGUUGGAGAUCCAGAUCCUGCUCUACUCACAGCACUACCAGAGGCUGAUGACUGUGGCCGAGAGCAUCACAGCCUUAAUGUUCCCUUUCCAGUGGCAGCAUGUCUAUGUGCCCAUCCUGCCCGCCUCACUGCUGCACUUCCUGGAUGCCCCAGUGCCCUACCUGAUGGGACUGCACUCCAACGGAGAGGGUGACCGCACCAAACUAGAGCUGCCUCAGGAGGCCAACUUGUGUUUCGUGGACAUCGACAACCACUUCAUUGAGCUGCCAGAGGACCUCCCUCUGUUCCCCAACAAGCUAGAGUUCAUCCAGGAGAUCUCCGAGGUGCUGUUGGCCUUUGGCGUGUCUCCGGAGGGGAACCUGCUCCACAGCCAGGGCCAGGCCAAACACUGGGGCUUCCGCUCCACUGACAUGGUCACGGACAGACGCAACGGCAACCUGGCCAGCUCGCCCCUCAACUCCUACCUGCUGAGGGAGAACGAGACCAUCGCUAGACUGCAGGCCCUGGUCAAGAGGACUGGGGUCAGCCUGGAAAAGUUGGAUGUGAGGGAGGAUGCCAGCAGCAACAAGGACCUGAAGGUGCAGUGUGAUGAGGAGGAGCUGAAGAUGCACCAGCUCAACAUCCAGGUGCGAGAGGUCUUCGCCAACCGCUUCACCCAGAUGUUCGCCGACUACGAGGUGUUUGUCAUCCAGCCCAGUCAGGACAAGGAGUCCUGGUUCAGCAACAGGGACCAGAUGCAGAACUUUGACAAGGCCUCCUUCCUUUCUGACCAGCCUGAGCCCUACCUGCCCUUCCUGUCCCGUUUCCUGGAGACUCAGAUGUUCGCCUCCUUCAUCGAUAGUAAGAUCCUUUGCCAUGAUGAUGAGGACAAGGAACACACGUUGAGGGUGUUUGACUCCCGCGUGGACAAAAUCCGCAUGCUGAACGUACGCACGCCCACCCUGCGCACCUCCAUGUACCAGACCUGCACCAAUAUCGACGAGGCGGAGAAGGCCAUAGAGAUGCGGGUGGUUAAGAUUGACCACACGGCCCUGCAUCCCCACCUGCUGGAUAUGAAGAUUGGCCAGGGUCGCUACGAACACGGCUUCUUCCCCCGGCUGCAGUCUGACGUGCUCUCCACUGGACCCGUCAGCAACAAAUGGGCGAAGAGGAGUGCUCCAGCACAGUGGAGGAGGAAGGACAGACAGAAACAACACGCUGAACACCUUUACCUGGACAACGACCAGAGAGAGAAAUACAUCCAGGAGGCCAGGAACCUGGGCACUACCAUCCGGCAGCCCAAGCUGUCCAACCUCUCCCCCUCCGUCAUCGCUCAGACCAACUGGAAGUUUGUGGAGGGUCUGCUGAAGGAGUGCAGGAAUAAGACCAAGCGCAUGCUGGUUGAGAAGAUGGGCAGGGAGGCGGUAGAGCUGGGUCAUGGGGAGGUCAGCAUUACAGGCGUGGAGGAGAACACACUUAUCGCCUCCCUCUGUGACCUGCUGGAGAGGAUCUGGAGCCACGGGCUGCAGGUCAAACAGGGUAAAUCUGCCUUGUGGUCCCACCUGCUCCAUUAUCAGGAGAGCAAAGAGAAGACGGAUGCAGCACCAGCCGGUUUGGGUCCCCCAGGACUCAUCCACAACACAGAGAGACGCAAGUCUGAUGCUGGCGCUGCCUUGCCCCCUCUAAAGGUAUCCCUGAUCAGGGACAUGAGACACAUCCAGAACAUUGGUGAGAUCAAGACAGACGUGGGCAAGGCCAGGGCCUGGGUGAGGCUCUCCAUGGAGAAGAAGCUGCUGUCCAGGCACCUCAAAAAGCUGCUGUCUGACCAUGAACUUACAAAGAAACUAUACAAGCGUUAUGCUUUUCUGCGCUGUGACGAUGAGAAAGAGCAGUUCCUGUACCACCUCCUCUCCUUCAACGCUGUGGACUACUUCUGUUUCACCAAUGUCUUCACAACCAUCAUGAUCCCAUACCAUGUGCUGGUGAUUCCCAGUAAGAAACUAGGAGGCUCCAUGUUCACAGCCAACCCAUGGGUGUGUGUGUCUGGGGAGCUGGCUGAGACUGGGGUUCUCCAGAUCCCCAAGCACACUCAGGAGAUCACCUUUGAGUGCCAGAACCUGGGCAAGCUGACCACAGUGCAGAUGGGCCAUGAUAACUCCGGUCUUUAUGCCAAGUGGCUUGUGGAGUAUGUUAUGGUCCGGAAUGAGAUCACAGGUCAUGCUUACAAGUUCCCGUGUGGCCGGUGGCUGGGGAAGGGGGUGGACGAUGGCAGUCUAGAGAGGGUCCUGGUGGGAGAGCUAGUGACACCAAACUCAGAGAACGAGGACAGAAUGUGUCGUACGCCCCCCAUGCAGCAGUCCCCUGGGAUGAUGAGGAGGUUCGUCACCAUCUCACCAAACAGCAAACCAAAGUUGAACACUGGUCAGAUCCAAGAGGGAGUGGGAGAGGCCAUCAAUGGGAUAGUGAAGCACUUCCACAAGCCAGAGAAGGAGAGGGGUAGUCUGACCCUUCUGUUGUGUGGGGAGUAUGGUCUAGUCUGGGCUUUAGAGCAGGUGUUCCAGCAUGGCUUCAAAUCCCCACGCCUCUUUAAGAAUGUCUUCAUCUGGGACUUCUUAGAAAAGUCACAAGUGUACUUUGAGAGUGCUGAGCAGAGGGAGGUGACUCCAGAUGAGAACUGGCAAACCAGAGUACGCCACUUCUGCCGCUUCAUGCGGGCCAUCAACAGCACAUCUAGGAACAUAGGCAAGGAUGGGAAGUUCCAGAUGCUGGUGUGUCUGGGUGCCAGGGACCAUUUGUUACACCACUGGAUCGCUCUCCUCGCAGACUGUCCAAUCACAGUGCAAAUGUACGAAGACACAGCACUGAUAAAGGACCGCUCAUUGGUCAAUUCUCUGAUCAGAGUGCUACAGACUUUGCAGGAGUUCAACAUUACCCUAGAGGCUUCACUUGUCAAAGGGAUCGGUAUCUAGGCCCUCUUUCGUUCACACCAAUUGGACCUGACUAAGGAAAACUGUUAGGGACCACUAAAGAACAAUUAAACCUUUUUAUGCAGAAAGAGACUUGAACAAUUAAGGGACGAUUUCUGGCUUAUAUUAAAGCUACUGUUACAUUUGCCAUAUAUUAAGUGUAAUGAGCCUUUCAAAAUGUGUUGUUAUUUUUAUCCUUAAUAAUGUUGCUGUUAGACGUUAAGAAUAUGUUUUCUAUUAAGAUCCAUUACUUUCACUUUGUUGAAGAAGAUAACCCACCUGUUGUAUACUACUUUAUUGAAAGCUAAAUAUUUUCAUUGUUAUUGUGAACUGCUGACAAUGGCUAUAUUCUAAAAUGAAAAACAAGGAACAAAAACUGUUAAUAUAUUUUCGGAGAAGAACAGUAUUAUUUUGAUAUGUCUGUCAAGUUGCUUGCUCUGUUCUAAUUCUAACUGUCAUAAUGUAGAGCUUGAAGCAAAUGAUGCAGAAGUAUGCUUUAUAAGUAUGAAUAUGACAUGGUAUAGAUGUUUGUGUAGGGUGGAAAACUGAUUCACCUACAUCAAUAUGACAGUGUGUAAGUUUGGAUCAAUCCCACUGUAAGUACUGUAGGAUGCAACUAUUUUAUAUGGAAUAACUUGGCCUAAGAAGAGGCUCCUGAAUAAGAUAAUGUAGCGUAUGCUAGUGAUGCACAAUAUGUAUUCAGUUGGAGAAGUAUCACUAUACGGCCAUGUCAGUGCUUCACACUUGACACACAACUCUUCAACAGUACAGUACUCAUCAUAACCAUGGCUUGGUAGAAAGUGAGUCAUUUAUAAAAUGACAGCCUUUGUGUAAAUACCUCUAACCAGUGCAUCCUUCUUUCCAACAACUUCUCAUUAUUCCUCACCUGUUCUGCCCAUUCCUGGCAGGUUUACAACAUCAUGUUUUUUCAGUAGUGAAAAUUGUAUGAGCUGAUUGCCAGUUAAAUUAAUAAUGUGUGGUAAAUAUGGUUGCUAUAAAAGGCCAGAUUCAAAAUAGAGCAAACGAUUCUCAUCUGAACUGUUGGCGUUUCUGCUAUGCAAUAUAAUCCACAUCACACAAAAAAAUAAUCUCCAUUUUUCUUACUGUGCAGCAUAGGAUGAUGAAUAACAAUAGCAGUUUGAUAGAAGUAAGUGUAAAGGAUGUCUUUCCUGUGCCAAUGUCUGGAUUGUGUUGGUUGUACUAUUCCAUGUACAAUCGACAUGAGCAUCUUGGGAGAUAUAUUUUUGUUUUUCAAUACUGUUGUACAUUUGACAUAGCCGUAUAAUGUAGUGUUUACUAAGUGAGGAAAUGUGUACAGUGUAAAAAAUAAAAUAAAGAAUAAAAUUACAGAAAUGCA